UUUAGCUUGAGCUCAUUCUUGCGUUCUUAUUAUGGGACAGGAAUGACCUGCCAGCAGAUUGCUGGAGCUCCAUGCACGAGAACUCAGAUGUUGGGAUGAAUGUGCCCCAGGCCAGGAAGUGUCCAUGAGGGCUGGGAUCUUUCCUGCUGAGUAGCUUUGUGCCAUGCUCACUGACACAAGCAGGCCCUGGGAUUCUGGAUGUGGCACUGCCAGCUUACAUGUGGUCAAGUUAACUCUUUUUAGAAAGAGAGCUUAUUUUCUUGAAUAGAGGUUAGGCUUGUGACUGCUUCCCCAUUCACAAGGCAGAAAGAAGGUAAGGACUGGGUCCUUCUCCAGAAAGCCCCUGCCGUUCUGAGAGUCCUGGGGAUACAGAGCAGCUCUGGGUCACCUUGAGAGGACUUCCUGCUCGGGGCUGUCCUCUGUGUCCAGCAGGUGUAGAGCUGAAUCACCAAGGACACAACUGGAAAGGGAGAAGCAAAAAGCGAAGGCUUUAUGUUUCCUCUUAGGGGACACAGCUCAAAUCUCACCUGCCGAACUGUCCACUUCACCACCAGAAAGCAACAAAGAACCUGACUCCAUUAGUCAACUCUAUUUGCUAGAAUGAAGAGUGUCUUGCUUCAUUUAUUGGACCAAAACUGGUUUCGUUAUUAAGAAGGUGGUGCUAGGCAUAAAAUGGAUUCCCUCAGCACAGCAAACGUUGAAUUUUGCCUUGAUAUGUUUAAAGAGCUGACCAGUAACCACGUAGGAGAUAACAUCUUCUUCUCACCGCUGAGUCUGCUGUAUGCUCUAAGUACGCUCCUCCUUGGUGCCAGGGGAAAAAGUGCAAAGCAGAUGGAAAAGGUGCUUCACUUUAAUCAUAUUGCAGGACCAUUAAAACCAGACUUUGUGGACUCAGCUAAGUGCAGCCAAGCUGGAAGGAUUCAUUCAGAGCUUGGCGUCUUAUUCUCUCAAAUCAACCAGCCAGACUCUAACCAUAGCCUCAGCAUCGCCAGCAGACUCUAUGCAACCAAGGUGAUGGCUGUCCAUCAGGGUAAAAGCAUAAUGGUGGAAAUGAUGUAUCAAACUGGAACAUUUAAAUUAGCCUUCCUAAAGAAGCCACAGAUGCAAGUUCUUGAGCUGCCCUAUGUUAACAACAAACUAAGUAUGAUUAUUCUGCUUCCCAUAGGCACAGCUAAUCUACAACAGAUAGAGAAGCAGCUCAACAUGAAGAUGUUUUACAAGUGGACCAGCCCUUCCACCAUGACGGAAAGGGAAGUUGAAGUACAUAUUCCCCGAUUCAAACUGGAAAUCAAGUACAAGCUGAAUUCUCUGCUAAAAUCCCUUGGGAUGACAGAUAUCUCCAACCAGGUCAAAGCUGAUCUUUCUGGAGUAUCAUCAGCCAAGGGCCUGUAUUUAUCAAAGGUCAUUCACAAGUCAUACGUGGAGGUCAAUGAGGAGGGCACCGAGGCAGCAGCCACCACCGGGAAUAGCCUCGUUGUGAAAAGACUCCCCAUCCGAGCUCAGUUCAUGGCGAACCACCCCUUCCUGUUUUUCAUAAAGCACAUUCAGACCAACAUGAUUCUCUUCUGUGGCAAGCUUGCCUCUCCCUAAAACACGGUUGAGUAAGGCUCAGAGUCCCAGAGGUGGUGCAGGGACAAACCUGUGACUAACAGCAGUUCAUCCUGUACACACCUCUUGUGCCUUGGUUUGAUCAUCUGCAAAAUGGGUCUGGAUCUCUCAGUCAUCCUGUGUGUCGGUGAGCCUUAAGAUUGUGGUGCUCUUGGGAGAAGGUGCAUUACAAAGAAGCUUCUCUGGCUCCUGUCUUUGGUGCCUUAUUGAAGUGCUGAGUGAUAUGAUCAAGUCAAUCAGAACAAUUUUAAAGGCUUAGAUUUUCUUGAUCUGUAUUUAUCAGUGAGCUCUUGGGUAAUUGGCCAGUCUACCUUCAGACACCAAUUUAAGGGCUUCAGCUUUGGUUGGAUUUUUAAGUACAAUUUUCCUUGUAUAAGUAGAUAUAAAUUUUAGUUCAAAACUCUGUAUUGACUAUAAUAAAUACAUGAAUGCCUUAAGUUCUUUGAAGACUUUUCAUAUACUGCAGCAAGUAAAUGAGUUAUGAAGGGAGACUGAAUAAGAAGUCUAAUUCAAUGCACGUUUUAGUGGAAUUUUUCACCAAACUUUUGCAGGCCCUACAUUUAUUAAUAGACUUUUCCCCUCUUCCUUCUUCUCUCCCUCCCUUCUUUUUUCUCUCUCUCUCUCUUAUUUUCUUCUAAUAAUACAGUGACUGAAGGCUCAGGACAGUAAAAGACAGAAAUCAAUCAGAAGAUAAAAAAAUGCUUUUAAAGAAAGCUUCCUUAUUUUCUACUCAAGAGAACAUGAA